AUGGUUUCAAAAAACUUAUUGGCUGCCCUAACGUUAUCAUUAACCUCUGUUAAUGCAAUUUAUCCAAUUCAUAUUAAGAAUUAUCGUUUUAUUAAACCAGCAUCUUCUGAUAAUGAUGUUUCCGAAAAUGAAAUUUUUUUUAUGAAUGGUAUUGAUUACCAGCCAGGUGGUUCUUCAGGUUAUGAUCCUGACUCAACAAAUGAUGUUUUAUCAGAUCCAGACAUUUGUGCUAGAGACGCUUUCGCAUUCCAACAAUUAGGUAUUAACACUGUCAGAAUCUAUACCUUAAACCCAGAUGUCAACCACGAUGAAUGUAUGACUAUUUUAAAUGAUGCUGGUAUUUAUGUCGUAUUGGAUGUUAAUUCUGGUAAUGAUGGUGAAAAUUUGAAUAGAGCUGACCCAUCAGGUAGUUAUAAUUCACAAUAUUUAACAAGAGUUUUCAAAUUUAUUGAAGCUUUUAAAAAUUAUCCAAAUGUUUUGGGAUUCAUAUCUGGUAAUGAAGUAAUUAAUGACGAAGAAGAUUAUGCUGAAAUUGAUCCAGCCUAUGUUCGUGCUGUCCAAAGAGAUAUGAAACAAUAUAUUGCUAAAAAUGCAGAUAGACCAAUUCCAGUCGGGUAUGCUGCUGCUAAUCAAGUUGAUCUAAGAUUAGCCACUUUCAAAUAUUUACAAUGUAAUUCCUUGGAUGGUAAAACUGUUAAUUCUGAUUUAGACACAUCUAGAUCUGAUUUCUUUGGUUUGAAUACAUAUGAUUGGUGCUCAGGCCAAUCUGAUUGGACUACUUCAGGCUACGAUAAAUUAAAUUCUACAUUCUCAGAUGCUGUUAUACCUUUAGUAUUUUCUGAAUAUGGCUGUAAUGCAAAUUCUCCAAGAACUUUUGAUGAAGUUACUGAAGGUUUAUAUGGUGGGUUAGUUAAUUUGUUCUCUGGUGGGUUAGUCUACGAAUAUGCACAAGAAGCUAAUAACUAUGGUUUGGUCCAAAUUGAUGAUGAUGAUAAUUCAAUUAGUUAUUUAGAAGACUUCACCAAUUUACAAGAUAAAAUUAAAGAUAUUUCUUUACCAUCUACAAAAGAAUCACAAGUUGCCGGUCGUUCUAUUUAUAAAUGCGAUGCUAAUGCUAUUAAAAAGAUUUAUUCGAAUUUUGGAACUUCGAAUUUUACGAUACCAAAACAACCUGCUGAUAUUUCAAAAAUGAUUAAAAAUGGUUUGAAUGCUACAAACGUUGGCUCUAUUUUGUCUGAUUACACACCGCCAUCUACACUUAAAUAUAAUGUUAAGGAUACUGAUGGUAAUGAUGUUUCUGCUACUUUAUCAUAUGACCCAUCAAAUACAUUGAACAAUGUGAAAUUAGCAGCUACUUCGUCAGUCAUCUCUAACGUUACGUUUUCUAACACUACUUCUAAAUCGUCAUCUUCCAUUUCUAAAUCAUCAGGUAUCUCUUCAAGUAAAAGCAAAUCAACAGGAAAAUCCAGCAAGGUUAUAAAAUCAGCUUCUAAAAGCGUUUCAAAUUCCACAAAAUUAAGUAAAGGUGAUGCCACUAAUUUGAAAUUUAAUAACAAUGGUUCGUUUUUCUUUAUGGUUGUAACUGCUUUAUUUGCCUUAAUAAUAUAA